GUUCCCCGUGCAUCGAUGUCUCUGAUCGCUUCCCGUAACGCACAUCGUGGUUUGCGUCGCGCACUCGCACUCGCGCCGGCGUGUCCGAUCCUUGCCGGCGCUGCUGGUCCUUGCCGGCGUGUCCCUCCUCCCCUUCGCCAUUCGACCCUGUCUGUCGUUGAUCCGAUCAAGUUCAUCAGACACCCGGUCCUCACUCCCCUCAGGUUCACGCAUGGUCUCACAUCUCAAGGAAACAAGUACCAGGAGAUGUAUGAGCGGUCGAUCCAUGAUCCCGCCGGGUUCUGGUCAGAGAUCGCCGAGACGUUCUACUGGAAGAAGAAGUGGAACCCUGACGAAGUCUGUACUGAGAACCUUGAUGUGACAAAAGGACCGAUCAAGAUCGAAUGGUUUAAAGGGGGCAAAACCAACGUGUGCUACAAUGCCGUGGACCGCAAUGUUGAAGCCGGUGAUGGUGACAAGAUUGCAAUGUAUUGGGAGGGGAACGAGCCUGAUCAGGAUGGAAAGCUCACCUACUCUGAGCUCUUGGAUAAAGUUUGCCAGCUGGCCAAUUAUUUGAAAAGUGUCGGAGUUAGAAAAGGUGAUGCUGUGGUGAUCUACUUGCCGAUGCUGAUGGAGCUGCCUAUUGCGAUGCUUGCAUGUGCUCGCAUCGGCGCUGUUCACUCUGUUGUGUUUGCUGGCUUCUCUGCCGAUGCGAUAGCCCAAAGGAUCAGUGACUGCAAGCCUAAGGUUGUGAUUACAUGCAAUGCGGUGAAGAGGGGGCUCAAACUCAUCCCUCUCAAAGAUAUAGUAGAUGCAUCUUUGGUUGAGAGUGCUAAAAACGGUGUCACUGUAGGUAUUUGUUUGACAUACGAAAAUCAGUUGGCCAUGAAGAAAGAGGACACACAAUGGACAACAGGAAGAGAUGUUUGGUGGCAGGAUGUUGUGCCCGAUUUCCAUACUAGAUGUGAUGUGGAAUGGGUUGAUGCAGAGGAUCCAUUGUUUCUUCUCUACACGAGUGGCAGCACAGGAAAACCAAAGGGUGUAUUGCAUACAACUGGGGGCUAUAUGGUGUACAGCGCAACAACAUUUAAACAUGCAUUUGAUUACAAGCCAACGGACGUAUACUGGUGCACUGCAGACUGUGGAUGGAUUACUGGACAUAGUUAUGUGACUUAUGGUCCUCUCCUGAAUGGAGCCACAGUCCUUGUUUACGAAGGGGCUCCAAACUACCCUGAUCCUGGUCGGUGUUGGGACAUCGUUGACAAAUACGGAGUGACUAUAUUUUAUACUGCACCAACACUUGUCCGUUCACUCAUGCGUGAUGGUUCAGAGUAUGUUAGCCGGUACUCUCGUAAGUCUCUCCGAGUUUUAGGAAGUGUGGGUGAACCAAUCAAUCCCACUGCAUGGAGGUGGUUCUAUAAUGUUGUUGGUGACUCAAGAUGCCCCAUAUCAGAUACUUGGUGGCAGACUGAAACUGGUGGUUUUAUGAUUACUCCUUUACCUGGUGCUUGGCCUCAGAAACCAGGAUCUGCGACGUUUCCUUUCUUUGGUGUUAAGCCUGUCAUUGUUGAUGAGAAAGGUCGGGAAUUGGAUGGAGAAUGCAAUGGGUAUCUUUGCAUAAAGAAAUCAUGGCCUGGGGCUUUCCGGACUCUGUAUGGGGAUAAGGACAGAUAUGAGACGACAUACUUCAAACCAUUUUCUGGCUAUUAUUUCUCCGGUGAUGGUUGUAGGAGGGACAAAGAUGGUUACCACUGGCUGACGGGCAGAGUUGAUGAUGUUAUCAAUGUCAGUGGGCACCGGAUUGGUACAGCAGAGGUUGAAUCUGCACUUGUUUCACAUCCAAAAUGUGCUGAGGCCGCUGUUGUUGGAAUUGACCAUGAGGUUAAAGGUCAGGGAAUCUAUGCAUUUGUGACAUUGGUGGAUGGUGUUCCUUAUAGUGAUGAUCUACGAAAAAGCCUCAUUAUGGCGGUCCGCAGUCAGAUUGGCGCGUUUGCAGCACCUGACAAGAUCCACUGGGCACCGGGCCUCCCAAAGACACGGAGUGGCAAAAUUAUGCGAAGAAUACUGCGGAAAAUUGCCUCCAGGCAGCUAGAUGAGCUUGGAGACACGAGCACUCUUGCUGAUCCUGGUGUUGUCGACCAGCUGAUAUCACUUAGCGAUAGCUAGCCUGCGCGAGAUGGCACAUUAUCAGCUGCACUUUUAGUAAUUAGUAGGUGUCAGUUUUUCUUGCCUAGUAUGAAAAAAUACACAAGAAUGGUUUAUGUGCCUGGCUCAUUAUUCCCUUACCUCAGCCGAUCACUGGGGGAGUUGCAGCUUGCAAAUCGAGUGAGAUGUAAAAUCAGUGUUCUAGUGAGGCUCCUAUGUAAAUUGUUGGAUCAUAGCACAGAUGAAGAGUAUAUAAAUAUAUGUAUGUAUUGGUUGUAUACAUGUAAA